GCGCCGCAUCUCCUUCAGCCGCGGCGGUCGCUUGGUGGGAGCAGGGGCUUGAUGCUGAGACACGGAAAGACGCUUUUCCGGUCCCACGGAAGCUGGGACACUACCCACGGGAGUCACAGCCUAAGGAAACUCCCUCUCUGUGCCGAGCAGGGGGUGCGUGUAAGAGACGGAGUGGUGUAUGCAAAAUAAUCCAAGUCUGUUUUGGGGACUUAGUGGCGCAUAGGCAGAGCCACUGCCUGAGAUUGAAGCCUGAUCCACCAGGCGGGAGGCAGGUGCCGGGCCGGAGCCUCCGCUGGAGCCCGGAGGAGGAGCGCAGGGUCCCGACGCCUCCCCGCCUGCCCCGAUCGGCCUCCUCCCCAGGCCCGCGGCCGUCCAUUCCAGAACCUAAUAUGCCUUUGCGGGGCGCAAAUUGCCUUGUUCUUCCCCAGGUCUUCCCAGAGAAUCACUUGUUGCGGGAAUGUUGUGUUGAAGUCGUAGCAACUGUGACUUUUUAGUUGCAGAGAGCACGGUGUAUUUAAUGGAGAAAAUGCCCCGGGAAAGCACCGGCAACUGCAGGCCUGGGUUAUCCCAUUUGCAAGCCAUGUGUUAAGUGUUUUGCUCCCGAUUAGUACCCUCAGAACAGAGCUCAUUUUGUGUAAACUAUAGAAAUAACCAUGCUGUGAUUGUAUGACAUUUUUCUGGGGAUUUUUAAAUGAUUUUUUAAAAUAAAGCAGACGUCACACAAAAUGACUUUUCCUUAACACCACUGCCCCAACAGUCUGUCCCCUGCCCCCUGCUACAGCUCCCUGCAAUAAUAGUUUUAUGUGUUUUAUGCAUGAAAUGACUUGAAUUGUUAAUUUCAUUUGUGGAAUGCAUGCAGCUCUGGCUGGCCACAGUUUUGAAUAAGGCAAGUUCGCUUUAAGGACUUUAUUCCCUUUGUACAUCCUUCUUUCCAAUGAGACACUCAGGAAACUCAACGACCAAUCUUGGGAUUGUUAGUAACGUCACACUACAACUAGGGCAGGAUUUCUCCCUCGUCUGCCGUAGUCUCAAAUGGAGGCCUUUCAGGCAUUGAAUAAGCAGCUCAGCUCUUUGAACACUGAAGUUUCACAGUCUCCAAUCUAGCAGCACUGUAGUCUGUUUUAAAGAAAUUUUCUUCUGAGUAAGGAGAAGCCGGAGACAGUGGUUAGCCUCGGGUGAUCAUUCAGAAUUUUUUGAUGCCUUCUUAUGUGGAUAAAUCUCCAGCUGCUCUGGUGAUAGCCUAAGAAGACUGCAUGCUGCUCCCUCUUGAUGCCAAGCCAGGCCCUCUUGCAACCUCGGAUCUCAGUCCUUCAUGGAGACCAGGUCCCAGCAGGAAUGGCAGUGCAGGAAAUUGGCGCCCAGAUGGUUCUUCCAUGUGAAGUUGUCUCGGGCUCUGGGCUGACGAGAGAACACCUGGUAACCAGGUUAGCCCUCUGUCAGUCACCUAGGGCAAGGCAGCAUGGUGCGGAUUCAGAGGAGGAAGCUUUUGGCAUCUUGCCUGUGCAUCACAGCCACCGUCUUUCUGCUUGUCACACUCCAGGUCAUGGUUGAGCUGGGGAAGUUUGAAAGGAAGGAGUUUAAAAGUUCUAGUUUGCAAGAUGGACAUACAAAAAUGGAGGAAGCACCUAUGCACCUUAAUUCAUUUCUUAAGAAAGAAAGAUUAACUUUCCACAGGAAAAGAAAAUGGGAAUUGGACAGCUACCCCAUUAUGCUCUGGUGGUCCCCGCUGACAGGGGAAACUGGGAGGUUAGGCCAAUGUGGAGCAGAUGCUUGUUUCUUCACCAUCAACCGGACCUACCUGCGUCAUCACAUGACCAAAGCAUUCCUCUUCUAUGGUACUGACUUUAACAUAGACAGCUUACCUCUGCCUCGGAAAGCCCAUCAUGACUGGGCUCUUUUUCACGAAGAGUCCCCAAAAAACAAUUAUAAGCUCUUUCAUAAACCGGUGAUCACCUUGUUCAACUACACUGCCACAUUCAGCAGGCAUUCCCACUUGCCACUAACUACCCAAUACUUGGAGAGCAUUGAAGUCCUGAAGUCACUCCGAUACCUAGUUCCUUUGCAGUCCAAAAACAAGCUUAGAAAAAGACUUGCUCCGCUGGUCUAUGUACAGUCAGACUGUGACCCACCAUCAGACAGGGACAGCUAUGUUCGCGAGCUCAUGGCUUACAUCGAGGUUGAUUCCUAUGGUGAAUGUUUACGCAACAAAGACCUCCCUCAGCAGCUGAAAAAUCCAGCCUCUAUGGAUGCCGAUGGCUUUUAUAGGAUCAUUGCACAGUAUAAGUUUAUCCUAGCUUUUGAGAAUGCAGUUUGUGAUGACUACAUCACUGAGAAGUUCUGGAGGCCACUGAAACUGGGGGUAGUCCCUGUAUAUUACGGAUCCCCCAGCAUCACAGACUGGCUUCCAAGUAACAAAAGUGCUAUUCUUGUAUCAGAAUUUUCUCACCCCAGGGAACUGGCAAGUUACAUCAGACAACUGGAUUCUGAUGACAGAUUGUAUGAGGCCUAUGUAGAAUGGAAGCUGAAGGGUGAGAUCUCUAACCAGCGACUUCUGACAGUUCUCAGGGAACGGAAAUGGGGAGUGCAAGACGUCAACCAGGACAAUUACAUCGAUGCAUUUGAGUGUAUGGUGUGCACCAAGGUGUGGGAUAAUAUCAGGCUUCAGGAAAAGGGCUUAGCACCCAAAAGAUGGGAGGCAGAAGAUACCCACCUGAGUUGCCCAAAGCCCACGGUGUUUGCUUUCUCACCAAUCCGGGCUCCACCUUUGAGCUCUUUGCGAGAGAUGUGGAUAUCCAGCUUUGAACAAUCCAAGAAAGAAGCCCAGGCACUAAGGUGGCUGGUUGAUAGGAAUCAAAACUUUUCAUCUCAAGAGUUUUGGGGCCUAGUAUUCAAGGACUGAUUUCAAAAACUAUCAGAAUGAAACAGACUAAAGCCUUCUUGAGAUUUAUUUUCUAGGUUGCCUUAAUAUUUGAACGUAAUAGCUAUUCUGUUGACUAUCCAGCAGGAUAAUAAUUAGUUGCUGCAGUACUCAUAAUGAGCCCUUUCAAAGAGUAGAUGUAAAUUACCCUUAGGGGUUGCCUCUAUAUUUUUUAUACUAAAAAAUGAAAUAUUUCUUAUGAACACUGGUUAUCUUCCAUGUCCAUGUCUGUGGACCCACAUACUUACUGCCUUUUGUGGAAAUUCACCUAAAGUGAGCACUUUCCUUGUGCAGUGGAGGGAGACAAUCUAGCUAUAGAUUCUUGAUACUCACCUCACUCUCAACAGCUUAUUGGUAUUUGGCAAACCCGGUGUCCUGCAGCUGAGCAUGAACAUGAAAUACAUUAGAACUUGGAAAUGAGAGAUCCCAUCUGUUGGUUUCCAGGGAUGUAAGUGAGUAAUAAAAGCUGUUUCAAGUUUAUCCGCUAUCCACUCUUCAAGUGAAAAGAACAUAUGUGUGUCUACCUUCUUCAUACCCUGAGCCACCUCUCUAACCUUCUUUAGUUAUGCCUUGCCCUAUCGCCUCCCAUUUUCCCUUCAAAGUAGAAUGUCUUGUAAAGACACAGUAACUCCUGUGUGUUUUGACUAGUGAGAUGUUACCACUUAUCCCUUCUGCUGAGCAGAAUAAUAUCAAGAAUUGCUAUGAUUAUGAUUCAGUCUGGACAGCCUGGACAUUUUGAGCAGCGCAAGAGUAGAAGUGAAUACCCGCAGGAACUCCAACUGUGCUGAAGCUGAUUUGUCUGUUCGUAGGAUGAUGCGCAGCCUGUCAUGGUGGCAGCCACCAGCAUUCAGUUUGUAAGCAUUUCCUGUCAUUUCUGAUCCUGCCACAGAGAAGGUUGAGCUGUCCUGUCUGGGGCUUCUACUGGAGCACCUCAGAAGAAAAGGAGGAAAACACUGGUUCACGUUUUCUUUCCACGUGAGGGAGGGGAGGCUUCUAGAUGAUACUAAAAGCCUGCUGCCACUGUUGUGUCACAGUUUCUAUUCUUCAUCAUGGAAAGCUGCAAGCCUCAAAAGGCAGCCAGAGGACAGGAAGAGUCUGUGAUGCUCAUGUUUGUGUCAUGGCAUGAGGGGGAAUUGACAAGUGCCUCCUUAGCUUUGGCUCCUAUUGAAGACUGUGCCCUUGGUGUGCUUGGCAGUGAGCAGUAUCUUCAUUAGGUAGCUCUGGCUGGGCUUUGUCAGCCAGCAUUGAGAAAGGAGAACGAAAACCAAUACCUCCUUAUAGAAGCCAGAAGGAUCACAUUGGGUGAGAGAAGGUGUCUAUAACUGGGUUCUUCCUAAUCCCAGCUCUUUCAUUAACUAAAUAUGAUCUUGGACAUGUCUCUUAACCUCCAUGGGCCUUAGUUUUUACAUCUAAAAAGAAGUGAUUGCGCUGGUCUUGGAAGGUUUUUUGUUUUUGUUUUUUUUCCCUGUGUAACACUCUUAAUUGUUCAUCAACAUUUAAGAAAUUUAAUUUUGUAGAUGUUUUUACUAAAGAGAGUAACAAACUAUUUUGGAACCGCUGUAUAUUAUUCAAGGGAAGCACGCUGUUUGGAGGGAGGAGCAUACUUAAUGGGUGGUAUUGAGGAUGAAAGGGAAUUUCUCUCUGCCAUUUUAUUUGAUAAAUAAAUAAAGACUGGAAAGGGGGAUUGCUUGUUAAUGAUCAGAUUUUAAAUUGCAUAUAAAUGAAGUGAGUUGUUUUUUGUUUUUGAACCCUCAAAAGAAAGCCUGAGAGGUGAUUUAUGCCUCUGGCAAGAUAUUAUCAUGAUAACUUCAGUUCUCCUCCAUAAAUGCCUUAAGCAAAUACCCAGUGCUUGUGCGGCUGUGUGUGUCUUAAACCUCAACUUUUCAGGCAGUCUCGUUCCAUCUUAGUUCUUCAUCAAGUCCAUAGAUAAAAUCCUUUCUAAGCGUUUCUGAAGUAUGUAUCCCUGAACAAAUUUAGUGAAAUAAAAUCAUUAAUCUAUGUUGAUCCCA